AUGAGCACAGACGCGGUGGAGCAGUCGGAGGCUCCAGCCGAGCAGGCAGAUUUGGAGCAAAACGGAAUCAACUUCAAUCGACAGAUAAAGACCGAGGAGAUCAUCGACUCGCAUCAUUCAGCCGCCGCACUGAAGACAUGUCACCUGAUACAGAGCUCUCCUGUGGCUGGAGGGCAGCUGUCUGGGGAGCUCACCUCUCUACACACCAUGCAGCAGCUGGUGCUGAUGCCACCGUCUCACCUGACGUCUGCCUCCCCCUUCCUGCUCUCCCCCAGCCCCACCAGCCACCAAGCUCUUCUGCAGCAGAACCUGCUGAGUCAAACAAAUCUCCUUCAGCACCAACCUGGACUGGCUCUGACUCCACAGGCUAUGAGUCGCUCUGGUCUGGCCGGGCCGUCUAUGGAGAACCACAUGGACAUGUCCCAGCUGCAGAUGCACAAACACAUGUCAGUGCCACCACACGAGGAACCCAGUGAUCUGGAAGAACUGGAGCAGUUUGCUAAAACAUUCAAACAAAGACGCAUCAAACUGGGCUUCACACAGGGAGACGUGGGGCUCGCGAUGGGAAAGCUGUACGGGAAUGAUUUCAGCCAGACUACGAUCUCUCGCUUCGAGGCUCUCAACCUCAGCUUCAAAAACAUGUGCAAGCUCAAACCUCUGCUGGAGAAAUGGCUGAGUGACGCAGAGAACUCUCCUUCUGACUCGAUGAGUACCUCCACCUCUCUGCCGCCCCUGAUCGAGGGCUACGGACGCAAACGGAAAAAGAGGACGAGCAUUGAAACGAACAUCAAGCUGACUCUGGAGAAACGUUUCCUGGAUAACCCAAAGCCCAACUCCGAGGAGAUAACACAGAUCUCGGAGCAGCUCGCCAUGGAGAAGGAGGUGGUUCGGGUUUGGUUCUGUAAUCGGCGCCAGAAGGAGAAGAGGAUCUACUGCCCGGUGACGAGUCUGUCAGUCAAGUCACACAGCUACAACUCCAGAAUGGCCUCGGCAUCCAGAUCGUACAGUCCGCUGGCUUCAGGAGGCAAGUACUUUUCACCAAAUUCCUCUCCAAACAGUGCAAGUCGUGAAGCUUCUCCCAACGGUCUGUCCACAGCCGCCGUCUCUUUAGCGUCUCAGGUCAACCCAGCGUCCUACAGCACAACAGGGUCCUGGUACCGGACAUGGAAUCCUGCACCGUAUCAUCACUGAGCAACAUGAACCGUAUCUUAUGAAGCUUUUGUUUUGAGAAGGAUGUGCACUGAAGAUGUGACGGAGUAACACGAGAACCCCCGUUAUGAACGGGGUUACGCAGCUCCAGGUUAAACCCUUAGAAAAGAAACAGCAGAGGACUGCAAACACACACACCACACUAACUGCUGUUAGCCUCAAGAUGUUUGAUUGGUGUUCAUGUGACUCUUUACUCUGCGCAGAUCAGCUGCAAAGACCAAGAACACACAGAAACACACACACACCUGACAAGAUAUCUGAAACACUAGUGGGGAUUCUCAUCUUCAAAUAAUCCGUCUGAAGGAUUGUGUGCCAUCUUUAUGCUGUUAUUGUAUGUUUAUAUUGUAGUUAGUGUUGUGUCAGUGAAUUUAAUUCAAUCCUAUAUACUGCUAGCUGUCUAAACUUAAGGAUUUCAUAGAUUAGGUAUUAUUAUUAUUGCAGUUCUGUCUAUCAGACAUACAACAACAAAGCCUGACACACGAUCAGAUUGUAAAAGAAACAGUUUGUGCAGAUUAUCCUAAUCACUUUAUCUGGUGGUAAAACGAGAAAUGACCUGAAGUGUUGCUUCGAUGAAGAACAUGACGUAAUAAAAAGGUAAAAACUGUUUCUGUAAACUGAUUUAGAUUCUGAACAAAUAAGUAAACAAAAAUGAGAUACAACAAAGCAAACUCUUAAAGUACAACGUAAAUACUUAUA